ACAGCCUCAAGAGGUCAAGGUCCUUCUGGAAACCAAGGACAUAGGGGAAGAGAGGGAACAUCUGGUGGUCAAGGGCCAAGAGGAAAUCAGGGACCUCAAGGCAGACAGGGCCCUUCUGGUAGCCAAGGACCAAGAGGAGAACAAGGGAUACCCGGUGGUCAAGGACCAAGAGGUGGUCAGGGGUCUCAGGGCAGACAGGGCCCAUCUGGUAGUCAAGGGCCUAAGGGAGGCCAGGGGUUACCCGGUGGUCAAGGACCAACAGGAGGUCGGGGACGUCAGGGUGGCCAGGGACCUUCUGGAAGCCAAGGACCCAGGGGAGGACAGGGAAGACCCGGUGGCCAAGGGCCAAGAGGAGGCAAGGGAACUCAAGGCAAACGGGGCCCAUCUGGCAGCCAAGGGCCUAGAGGAGGUCAAGGGCCAUCUGGUGGUCAAGGACCAAGAGGAGGCCAGGGACCUCAGGGUAAACAAGGACCAUCUGGUAGCAAAGGAUCCAAGGGAAGACAAGGGACAUCCGGUGGCCAAGGGCUAAGAGGGGGUCAGGGUCCAGAUGGUGGACAGGGCCCAUCUGGUGGCCAAGGACCCAGAGGAGGCCAGGGACCAUCCGGUGGUCAAGGACCAAGAGGCGGUCAAGGACCUCGUGGCGGACAGGGAGUACAGGGAAGUCGUGGUUUGUCAGGUAGUCAAGGUCCUCAAGGUGGACAGGGUUCAUCUGGAAGUAGCGGAACGACAGGGCGACAAGGGCCAUCUGGUGGUCAAGGACCAAAUGGAGGACAAGGAUUUUCAGGUCAAGGUCGUUCUGGUAAACAAGGACCAAUUGAAAGGCAGGGAAAAACUGGGAAACAAGGCGCCACAGAGAGCGAUAUAUCGCAUGGUAGCCGGGCUACCUCAGAAAGUUUAAAAAAACCAAAGGGAAAAAGUCAGCAGCAGCGUUCGUGUUCUCCAACAACUAAGAAUGUCAAACUAACUAAGGGAAAGAACAAGAAUGGUAAAGCCGUUGCGGUGUUUCAAGGUACUCUUACUGAUGGUUCAAUGUGGUAUCAGACGGUAGACAGAGUCAAAUGCAGGGGUAACUGUGACGCUAAUGGAAAGUCAACAUGCUCUGUUAAAUAUUGUUAUCGACAAGUCUUGGCGUACACUGGCUGUGGGGACGUGCAGUUUGGUGCUAGGCUCGAGUUCAAAGAGAUUCGUCUACCGUGUAGUUGUAAAUGUAAAUGAAAGAAGGAAUAUUAGUAAUUGUCUAGUAGUAAAAACAUUAUACUUGAAACAGGAAACAAGUAUGUUGACAUUUUAUUUUUAAUUGGCAUUUUAUUGUAUUUACAAGACAAUUUUUAA